AUGGUAUCACCUGGUCCAGUCCAACCAAGGACACGCAUUACCAUUCAUAGAAAUCGCGAGAUGGCUCACAAUGAUCUUGUGCGAGAUUACUUUGCACCAAAUUGUACUUACCCUCCUCACAUGUUUCGGCGAAGAUUUCGUAUGCGACGGGAAUUAUUUCUAAGGAUCAAGGACGAUCUAGAAGCUACAGACACGUAUUUUCAGCGUCUUCCUGAUUGCACCGGACGAUUGGGUUUAUCUUCCAUUCAGAAGAUGACGGCCGCACUUAGAAUUCUUGCAUAUGGUGGUCCAAUGGAUAGUUUUGAUGAAUAUAUCAAAAUUGGUGAGUCAACUGCGAAGGUAGCGCUUAACAAAUUCUGUGAAAAUAUUUUGGUUUUGUACAAGGAUCAAUAUUUGAGGACACCUACCAUGAAUGACACUAUGCACCUAAUGGAAGAAAAUGCAGCAAGGGGAUUCCCUGGGAUGAUAGGAUCACUUGAUUGCAUGCACUGGGAGUGGCGUGGGUGUCCUUCCGCCUAG